CACGCACAAAAACUCGUUUCCGGAUAAAUAUUUACCCGGAUAAUGCAAAAUGCUGGACACUGAUUGGCUCGAUGAAACGAUGCUGUGGUGAUGGUUGGCAUUCAUUUCAUUCGACCACCAAGACGCCAUGGCCGCGCGCGAGAUCAUCCGCUUCCUGAAGAAGGCCGAGAUCAGCUUCUCGUCCUUCGACUCCCGGGCAAGCGGUGCAUGCGAAUUCUACCGCCAGUUGAACGCGGGCAACACCAAGAAGGUCAACCCCAAAUGCGAAGUUGUGUACACGGUGACGGUCCACGGCAAGGCGGAUCCGCUGAUCAAGUUGACCUUCAUCAACGACAAACAGCAUAAAUUCGAAGUGCCAGGCCGAGAUGUGCGCGAUAUCUUCAACGACGUGGAAUACCAUUGCUCGCUAAUCGAAUCCGAAUUAGAAGCCCAAGGCAAGAGCAUGGACUAAGCCCAAUGCAAUUCCGACCCCUUUGAUGUCUCGGGUGGUGCGAUAAACACGAUGCGCAUGUAGGGCUGCUCGUCAUAUUGGACCAAUUGGUCAACACCACUGUACUGCCCCAACAAAGCUCCAUUAAGCACUUCAUGCCAAUCCGCUUGUUUUCCUGGCGGCUUCCAUACGCGCGAAGUCCUUCAUGUACAUAGUUUCGGACGGCUCCUCCCUACAACUACAUGUCGUUCGAUACCUGCAAUGCAAUCGCUAUCGCUCCUUACACUUGGACAUUGUACAGGCAAGUUCUGCGCUGGUGGUGAAGGCAUAUCACCGAUCGCACGAUUCCUUACCUACGCUCACGCGUGGAUUUAUUUAGCCAGGCAUUGAGUCGGUUCUUCGUUGAGAGCGGAAUGACGCAGGCCAUCUCGUGUUAUCACAUCACCAUGAACUACGUACACUCGCCCAAUACUUGAAGGCAUUCCCAUUCUUGCAAUAGAUGCGCAUGGAGCUCGUCCAAGUACUACUCGACGGCCCGCGCAAUAGAUGCGCAUGGAGCUCCGAGUACUCGACUGCACCCGCCGC